CGGGUUCGGGCGAGUCUGCAGGAAACCCUUCCCCCCGGCAGCGCGGCGCGACACCGCCCCCGGGGCGGGCCCAGUGCGUGGCAGCGGGAUCGCCGGCCCCGUCGGGAAGUUUCCAGCCUGCGAGCGAGCGCCGCUGGACACGCCGGACGUUCCCAGACCCGGACCAUGCGGCUCCAGCUGCUCCUGGCCCCGCUGGGCUGGCUGCUCCUGGUCGAAACGAAGGGUGAUGCCAAGCCGGAGGACAACCUUUUGGUCCUCACGGUGGCCACAAAGGAGACCGAGGGGUUCCGACGCUUCAAGCGCUCAGCCCAGUUCUUCAGCUACAAGAUCCAGGCGCUGGGGCUGGGGGAGGACUGGCAUGGGGAGAAGGAGAUGUCGGCAGGUGGAGGGCUGAAGGUUCGACUACUGAAGAAAGCCCUGGAGAAGCACGCAGACAAGGAGGACCUGGUCAUUCUCUUCACAGACAGCUACGACGUGCUGUUUGCCUCGGGGCCCCGAGAGCUCCUGAAGAAGUUCCGGCAGGCCAGGAGCCAGGUGGUCUUCUCUGCCGAGGAGCUCAUCUACCCAGACCGCAGGCUGGAGGCCAAGUACCCGGUGGUAUCUGACGGCAAGAGGUUCCUGGGCUCUGGAGGCUUCAUCGGUUAUGCCCCCAACCUCAGCAAACUGGUGGCCGAGUGGGAGGGUCAAGACAGUGACAGUGACCAGCUGUUUUACACCAAGAUCUUCUUGGACCCGGAGAAGAGGGAGGGGAUCAAUAUCACCCUGGACCACCGUUGCCGUAUCUUCCAGAAUCUGGAUGGAGCCUUGGAUGAGGUGGUGCUCAAGUUUGAAAUGGGCCAAGUAAGAGCAAGGAACCUGGCUUACGACACCCUCCCAGUCCUGAUUCAUGGCAAUGGGCCUACCAAGCUGCAGCUGAACUACCUGGGCAACUACAUCCCACGCUUCUGGACCUUUGAGACGGGAUGUGCUGUGUGUGAUGAGGGCCUGCGCAGCCUCAAGGGCAUCGGGGAUGAAGCUCUGCCCAUGGUCCUGGUUGGCGUGUUCAUCGAACAGCCCACGCCGUUCCUGUCCCUGUUCUUCCAGCGGCUCCUGCGCCUCCACUACCCCCGGAAACGGCUGCGGCUUUUCAUUCACAGCCAUGAGAAGCAACAUAAGACUCAGGUGGAGCAGUUCCUGGCAGAGCAUGGCAGCGAGUACCAGUCUGUGAAACUGCUGGGCCCCGAGGUGCGGGUGGCGAACGCGGACGCCAGGAACAUGGGCGUGGACUUGUGCCGGCAGGACCGUGGCUGCACCUACUACUUCAGCGUGGAUGCCGAUGUGGCCCUGACCGAGCCCAAAACCCUGCAGCUGCUAAUCGAGCAGAACAAGAAUGUCAUCGCCCCGUUGAUGACCCGCCACGGGAGGCUGUGGUCGAACUUCUGGGGGACACUGAGUGCAGAUGGCUACUACGCCCGCUCCGAGGACUACGUGGACAUUGUGCAGGGGCGGCGUGUCGGCGUCUGGAACGUGCCCUACAUCUCAAACAUCUACCUGAUCAAGGGCAGUGCCCUGCGGGCUGAGCUGCAGGAGAUGGACCUAUUCCACCACAGCAAGCUGGACCCGGACAUGGCCUUCUGUGCCAAUAUCCGGCAGCAGGAUGUGUUCCUGUUCCUGACCAACCGGCACGCCUUCGGCCACCUGCUGUCCCUGGACAGCUACCAAACCACCCACCUCCAUAACGACCUCUGGGAGGUGUUCAGCAACCCCGAGGACUGGAAGGAGAAGUACAUCCACGAGAACUACACCAAGGCCCUGGCGGGGAAGAUGGUGGAGAUGCCUUGCCCAGACGUCUACUGGUUCCCCAUCUUCACGGAGACGGCCUGUGAUGAGCUGGUGGAGGAGAUGGAGCACUACGGCCGGUGGUCUCUGGGAGAUAACAGGGACAACCGCAUCCAGGGUGGCUACGAAAACGUGCCGACCAUAGACAUCCACAUGAACCAGAUCAGCUUUGAGCGGGAGUGGCACAAGUUCCUGGUGGAGUACAUCGCCCCCAUGACGGAGAAACUCUACCCGGGCUACUACACCAGGGCCCAGUUCGACCUGGCCUUUGUUGUCCGCUACAAGCCUGAUGAGCAACCCUCGCUGAUGCCACACCAUGACGCCUCCACCUUCACCAUUAACAUUGCCCUGAACCGGGUUGGGGUGGAUUACGAGGGCGGGGGCUGUCGGUUCCUGCGCUACAACUGCUCCGUCCGAGCCCCACGGAAGGGCUGGACUCUCAUGCACCCCGGGCGACUCACGCACUACCACGAGGGGCUCCCCACCACCAAAGGCACCCGCUACAUCGCAGUCUCCUUCGUCGAUCCCUAAUUGGCCCGGCCCGGCCACCACAGACCUUUUCCUCUUUGUCAACAACCACUGCCCAGCAGCCUCUGGGACCUCAGGGUCCCAGGGAACCAGAUCCAGCCUCCAGGCUCUUGACCUCUCAUUGCUCUUGGAGCCGCCAUCAGAGAGACUGGGCCACAGGCUAGAGGCAGAGCACACCUCCUUGGCUGGGACUUUCCUGGUGCUCCGGACACAGCCCCGGGGGAAACUGUUCACUUUCACUGCUUUGUAGCAACUCGUCCUUUCCCAUUCCUCUUCCUGAAAAACCUCUUCCGGCAACACUUGAGCAGAAGAGGGGCUGACCCAGCUGCCCAGAGAGACUCUCGGGGUGAGAAGCCAUGCCCCAGAGCUUCUCCCCGGCAGAGCUGCAGCCCCGGGGAAUUCUGCUCCAAGCUUCAGGGUUGACACCGAGACCUGGAUCGGACUCAAGUCCCCACCCUGACCGUGGGACUGCUAAAGCCCCAUCCUCCCUGGCUCCUAUCAUGAGAGCAAAACUCUGUCCCUUGGAGACGGUGACUCAGAAAACCUCCUGGGAGACAGGAAAUGCACGGAUGCCACAGCUCCAUCCUCUACUUGACCCUUGCUGGGGGCGCAGAGCAGGGAGUGCUGUGUCCACACACUGCACUGUGUCACCCUGUCUUGAAUGCCUCCAGAGAGAGGGACAGACAGUCAGAAACAGGAGAGUUUCUACUAAAGGUCAUUCAAACCACUGAGUGGGAGAUGCUGGGGCGGGCGGGUGUAUACAUGUCAGGGCGGGUGUCUGCAGGGAGAAGCUUUAACAGCUCACGAUUGGCAAGGAAGGCCGGCCGUGGGUGACUUGGCAGAUUGGGUCAGGCAGAUUGGGUGACUUGUGUUUCCCACACCCAGUCACAUGUGAUCUCCAUGUCAUUUGUAUAUUCCAUAAACCCUCCGUAUAAGCCAGGCACUGCUACCUGGGGCAUACUGUGUCAUCUCUUAAGAUCUGAAUCUGGUGUCACCCUCCCCCGAAGCCUUCACUGACCACCCUUCUUGCAAACAUGAAUGUCAGGGAACAGUGAACUUCUGCCCCACCAUACCCUGGUGUAGCACCAGAUCUGUAGCACCAAUAACACUUCAGGGCAUUUAUUAAUAACAAGCAGUAACCUCUAUCCGUCCCUGCUCUGGGCUGGGCAUCGUGCAUGUCAGGCCGGCUCAGCACGCAGUCCUCUGGGGUAGGGGCUAGCAUCACCUUUUUAUAGAUGAGGAAAUGUAGGCUCGGAGAGGCCAAGUGAUUGGCCUAAAGUCACACAAGUGGUAAGGACAGGGAUUUGAAUAUGAUUUCAGCAGAAAUCUGGUCCCUGCCUGCCCCCCGCCCCCCGCACCGCCAGGCAUCCUGUAAUCAGUGGUGAGGACAAAAAACCAAAUGCAAUUCACUGUGGACCCGGUGUGAUAAAUGCCACAAUGGUUUUAAGAACUGCUGUGGGGAGCAGGAAGGACCAGCAGCGUGUGUAACAGUGCUUCUCACCUGAGGUGAUUUUGCCCCCAAGGGCAUUUGGCAAUGUCUGAAGGGAUUUGGGGUUGUCACACCCUGGGAAGGGGGGUGGAAUGCUGCUGGCACUAGUGAGUAGGGGCCGGGGACGCUCCUAAACAUCCUGCAAGGCAUCCCUGCCCCCCAACAAAGAAUUACCCAGCCCCAAAUAUCAGUAGUGCUGAGGCUGAGAAGCCUGCUAGCAGAUGCCAUUUUAGCUGGGCCUUGGAGGGGAAGGAGGUAUCCAAUAGGCAGAGACACUCUUUAGGUCAAGGGCUAGAGCUGGGAAGGCACAGGUGGGGUCUGAGAAGCAGGUUGGCUCGUGUGGGUGGGGUGGAGGGGGUCAGAUUGCAAAACCCAUUUUCCCCGGCUAAGGAGAGUUGGACUUUAUUUAAUUGGAGUCAUUCAGGGGUUUUGCAUAUAUAUACUAAAGGUAAGUUUAAAAAAAAUUUUUUUUUAAUUGAAGAAUAAUUGAUUUACAAUGUUUCAGGUAUACAGCAAAGUGAUUCAGUUAUGUGUAUAUUCUUUUCCAUUAUAGGUUACUACAAGAUAUUGAAUAUAGUUCCCUGUGCUAUACAUUA